CUCUCCCCACCCGACCCGUGACGUGGCACGUGGCUUCCUGCAUGGCUUCCCGUAUCACGAUGACGACGCGGGUAAUACGUAUAAGAAGUUUUGCUUCGCACUGCCUUUUACAGCGUGCGGUAUUUUGUUUUCGGAUUUCCAUUCCACGGAUAACAUUUCGAGGGACAUUUCCGGCACUGUAAAGGUACUCAAAUUUGGAACUUUCCCACAUCGAAGCGCUGAACGUGGCAGUUCCUGUUUUGCUCCUACGUCGUGAUAAUAGUUGGGUGUGCGCUGUUACUGUGCUGAUAAACUGUGCGUACGGCUGGGCCAGCUGGGCACGCAUUUGGAGGUCCUCCGCAAAAACGAAAGGAGGAUGCGUCCCGCCGUGUUUUGAUCGACCAACUCACAUUAUGGUCUCAACAUGAUGCAAGUGUUAUUUGGUUUAUUAUACGCAGUAGUGGUGGGUGCUGGCACAGGAUUGCACAUAUUGCUCCAGAGAAACUAGCAGAAAUUAAGACGACGAAGAUUCUGGGGCAAACUGCAAUUGGAACCUAAAGUGGCAUGAUGAAUUUACAACGUCAGGAAGCGGAUGCUGUAAAUAAGAGUCUGCUGCCAGUGCUGGAUAAAGCACAAGGCUUGGUGAAGCUCAAUCCUGAUGAGAGGAAAAGAAACGUGAAAAUACUAGACACGCUUCUGGUACAGCUGUGUGAUGACUUAAGAGCAAAGGACGCACUUUUCAAAAUGUUGUACAAUCGGUGUGUGUACUCCGGGAGCUUUUAUGAAGAUCUCAAGAUCAAAUCACCGAAUGAAUUUGACAUCAAUAUUGUUUUUGUACUUCCGAAGAAAGGACUGCAAUGUGAGCUAAAAUGCCUGGAGCAUGACCGUGCUUUUCUCGGAUGCUGUGUGGAUGAAGAACAAUGGAGCAAGUUUAAUUGUCGGGGCACCAGCAUUGAUACACUGUUCUCAGAAUUGGAGGGCAAACACUGGCUUGACAUGACAAAGGUGCGCCGCUGGUUCCAGAGUCUGCUGGCACGCACAAAUGAUUUUGUCAACAUCGAAGGCAUUGUACAAGUAAAAUAUUCAGAAAGUGGUCCAGCAAAGACACUGCGUAUUCUAACAACAAGUGGACGCAUUGAUGUGGACUUAGUCCCAGUGUUCGAACAUUCUUCCAGAGGCUGGUACAAUGUACUGGGCACAGAUCGCAGAGUGUUAGAGUUCAUGAAGAAGAAAUACAUCAACAUAGACGAAGUUGCGAUGUGCCUGGUGCCAAAAGAGCACAAAACACUGAACUGUCCACUCUAUUGGAGGGUUCACUUUCCAUACAUCGAAAGGCAGCUUAUGGCUGGAAAUGGAUGUUUGAAACCAACAAUCCGUCUUCUUAAGCUUCUUCGUGACAACCUUCAGUGGAGCCUGAUAUCAUCAUAUGCCCUGAAAACUCUGGUCAUUUUACGUGCAAUGGAGGAAUCGGACGAAUACUGGGACAAGAAGCGACAUGGAAUAGUAUUUUAUGAGACCAUAGAGCGACUGAGACAAGCGUUGCUGGGCCCAGGAAUUCCCUACAUUUACUGCUCAAAGGUGGAUCUGCUGCAGAGCUGCAAACCCGUUACUCGCGUAAAUUAUGCGGGUCACCUGAGAGGAAUACUACACGAAAUUAUUUCUCAACCACAAAGUCUCGUCAGGUAUUUUGACGAAAAGUCCCUAACGAUAUCUCCGGUUGAGAACCUUCAUCGUCGUUCACUUUAUGGAGGCUGUGUCAUAGACACUGCACAGCACGUACCUGACACCUCAUCACGUGCAUCGACGGAUGGCUUGGUUUCAGCGGAAGAUACUCCUUUGUUGGGAGCAGCGGAAGAACAGCACAAGAACAAUGAAAGGGAGUGCUGCAUACUAAUGUGACUUAUUACAUCACCCACGUCUUUCGUGAAGUGCAGAUGUUCUUUUGUUCUUUGUGUUGCUUUGCAUCAAUUCAAGUGCUGUCGACGUUAAAGGGGAUGGCCCUAGAGAAUAGCACAGUCUUCUCUUGCAGAAAACUAUGUGAAAGCCGGCGGAGCGAAACCAAAUAACGAACGGCCCCGCAAACAGAACAAAGAACAAAAGCUCAGGAAGACAUGUGGUGAGAGCAGGGUGGACUGAUCUAGAUCAUUGACUUUAAUCGCGAUUCAAUUCGCUGUUUUUUUACAACAAUUUAAAUAUAAAUAGCUUUACAAAAUCCCUCCAAAAUCCGGAAGGACGCUGCGGCCCAGAAAUAUUUAUAAGUAUUCAUAAUUUCGACACUAAUAAGGUACGACAGUGUGUCUGCGCAUGAGAGGACAGGCCACGUGACUAGCCAAGUAAGGACGCAAACCUGUGGUUGUUGUUUAAGAUUGUGUUGUCGUUAAGAUUGUUGUAGAAACUGUUAAGAUUGUUGUUUAAGACUGUUGUUCUGAGACACCGUGGCCCACUUGAAACUUGUUUUCCCCUUAUUUGAUCCCUAAUCAAUGAGGGCACGUCCUUCGCAACUGGGGGAAAGAGGGAUGCGCAGUCCCUUGACUUACUUGCAUAGUGUAUAAAUGAACGUUACUGAAAUCAAGCGUACUUGCUUUCAACGAUUUAAAUAAACUAUGUUGUGUUCAUGCACUGCA